CUAGAUAUGGAGUCACGAUGCCGAGGGAAGCACUAGGUGGUCAACUCCCACUACAGGGAGCCUGCAACCACCGACGCUCACUGACAACAACAGCGACGAAUAGCGACAACGACAGACAGCGAUACGGACGUUCCCCAUGACCAGCUUCUCUGCAUCCCAGGCGACACCUCCCAAGCUCAAUCUGAAUCAUCUCCUCAACUUCACUCUCCCUCCGAGGCAGUCCCAGACUCCGUUGAGUGUACCAAGGAGAAGCAGAAGGACUGGUGGUACUCACCAUGGCGUCUGGAAUAAGGAACGAUUUGUUAAUGCACAGUAUCGUUUCGUGAUGAAUCCCACGGGAGAUUAUACGGUUCACUUUGCUGAUCCAGACAUUUUCUUCCAGUGGAAUGAUAUCGUACAGGUUAUCAUUCCUCGAUCAUCUGCACUUGCUGCUGCCGCAUCUGGCGGUGAGGGCUCUGGUCAGGGUGGUGAAGGGCAUACGACGUGCCCUAUAUGUCUAUCUCCACCGACAGCUUCACGUAUGACAAAAUGCGGCCAUGUCUUCUGUUACCCCUGCAUUCUUCACUAUCUCAGUACAUCUGAGAACAAGUGGGCGCGAUGCCCCAUUUGCUUUGAUUCCGUCAAUGACAAGCAGCUGAAGAGUCCUGCAGAAGAUAACGGCGGAGCAUCGUCGUCUGCGUCCUCCUCUUCCAUCCUAGACAAUCCAUUCGAAGCACCGCGCGCUGGCCUCAGAUUACAACACUGGCACUUGCCCCGCUCACGCACCUGGCCGUCGGAGCUUAUUCCUCCACAUCAAGCCCCCUUCCAUUUCCUACCGGACGUCUUCAAUUACUCCAAGUUCAUGCUUGCGACUCCAGACUAUCUCGUCUCAGAUCUGACUCAAGAUUUAGAUGAGCUGGCAAUGGAGCGGCGCACACUAGCGGGGAUGAACGACGACCUGGGCGUGUCUUUCAUUGACAGUGCCGAACUAAAGGUGAAGAAUCAGAUAGCAAGAGCGAUGGCUAUGGACAACCCGAUCCUUCGGGAGCAGAUAGAUAAGGCGCGCGCUGGACUACGAGAGCUUGAAGUGCGACAUGGCCUCCAUUCGCGUCGCCAAGCUGAGCAGGUAAAUACACCGCUUGACUCAGAUGUCCCGGAGGAACUGCUGGCCCUGAGGUCGAACAGCUCUCCAACGAUUUCUUCCAUAUUGGUCCCGGACACUCCAAAGCCCAAGGCCGUCCCCAAGCAACGUCGCAAUGUGAACCCGCCACCACCUUCGACGUCAACGUACUACUACUACCAGGCUGCGUCCGGACUUCCAUUAUUCCUUCAUCCCCUAGACAUCAGGAUCUUACUCUCCCAUUUUAAGAGCUACUCAUCAUUUCCCGACACCAUCGACAUUCGCGUAGAAGCCUUAUCUGAGGGCUCCGUCAACGACGAUCUGCGAAAACGGUGUAAAUAUCUCGCCCACAUGCCCGAAGGCGCGGACGUUGUUUUCAUCGAAGCUGAUCUACAGGGCGUCGUUGGUUCAGAAGGACUGAAGAACUUUGAGGGUGCGUUGAAAAUGCGCACAUCAAGAAGGAGGGAGAAAGGCAAGAAGGAUGAUCGCGCACGAGCUCGAGCCGAAGAGAGGGAGCGCGAGAGGCGAAUGCAACAUUCGUUCACCACUUGGACGAGUCCUCCGCCAAUCUCUUCAACCGUGGUCAACGUUGAACCGGCAUCGCCUCCGCAUGAAGAGGUUCCGUUACCCUCACAGGAAUCUGUAAAUCCAGGGGCAUGGGGUUCUCGGAGUUUUGCAUCUGCUGUUCAUUCGAGCCCUUCACAAGACCUUGGUGGCGCAGCAGGAAUAAUGGAGGCACCUGGAGGAAGGAGGAAGAAGAGCAACAAACUUGUCAUACUUGGCGGCGGUGUCGGCGGUAGAAGACGAUGAUUAGUAUAUACAAUCUAGUAUAAUAUUGGGAGAUAACAGAGAAGGCGAAUCUUGUAUCAUUGAAGCAACAGACACAAUGUUAUGU